CCAAACCGAAAAUUCGCAAUGAGCACCAAAUGAAGCCCUCUCCAAUGGCGUCACAUAUGACAAACUAUCAACUCCCUCUAAAACCACCAAGAAAGUUACAUUCUUGUCAUGUUCAGAGCAGAAGUAGCUGCAGCUUCAACAAGCAAGAACCAGCUCAAAACUCAACUGGGUUCCAGUUUAUUCGCAGGAAGAAGCUACUCAGUGAUCUUACCACAUGGGGAAUUGGAGGCCCUUGUAAUUACUUCGUUCAAGUCUUUGACCCAACCCAACUUGUUUCGGCUGUCAGGUAUUGUAAUGAGCAAUCCAUGAGAUUUAUGAUCUUGGGUAAAGGCUCGAAUUGUUUGUUUGAUGACAUGGGUUUUGAUGGCUGCGUUAUUCUCAAUCGAAUUGAGUUCUUGGAGAAGAUAGAAUCUGGAGUAUACCGGGUCGGAAGUGGAUACCCAUUUAAUCGCUUUGGAGUUGUGUCUGCAAAUGAAGGGUUUUCAGGGCUUGAAUUUGCUGCUGGUGUUCCUGGGACUGUUGGUGGAGCUGCGUACAUGAAUGCCGGAGCAAAUGGGCAGGAAACAGCUGCUGCUAUUGAUAGCAUAGAGAUCAUCACAAAUGAAGGCGAAUCAAGGAUGCUGAAAAGAAGAGAGUUAAAUUUUGGCUAUAGAUUAUCACCAUUUCAAGAAAUGAAAGACUUGGCAUCCAUUACUGCAGUUACAUUCCGGCUAAAUUUCUCCAAAACUGCACGAGAAAUGCAACAAGAAUACUUGGCUAGAUGGUUUCCUUGCAGAAGAUGGAGGACACAACCUUUGGGGCAGAGAAGUGCUGGUUCAGUUUUCCGAAAUCCAUCUUCUAUGGGUGUUUCUGCUGCAGAAUUGAUAGAGAAAAGUGGGUUGAAGGGGUUGAGAGUUGGUGGAGCCAUGGUCUCAAACAAGCAUGCCAACUUUUUCAUAAAUUGUGGUUCUGCAACUUCUCAAGACAUGCUUGAGCUCAUAGGCUUAGUUAAGGAUGAAGUAAAUCAGAAGUUUGGAGUGGAACUAAAGGAAGAAAUCUUGUACAUUCAUCCAUCUUAGAAACAAGUUAUUGAAACAGCUUAUGUAUUCAUUGACUGAAAACCUUUACACUUAGCUGAUAAGUCACACGCUGGCUGAUCAUUUACAGAUAACAUAAGAAGGCCUAAAACAUCGGUUAAUGAGUCCUAUGCUGUUUCUUUUCUGGGCUACUAGUUAGAGCUUUGGUGAUGCAGUGGGUAAGAAUUCCAACAGGGCAAAACAGCAAGCACAGAGACACAGAAUGGCGGGUUUCGAUAUCAUUCUGCAAUCCGUCAUGAUAAACCUGUCU